GCCACACGACAUUGAGUGCAACGUGGGUUUGCUGCUGCGAUCUAGUGAGCUUGUCGCUUUAAGAGGCACCCCCUCAGCAUUGGUUAUUCCCAUCCACAAACCGACUGACAUAUCGGUACCCUAUGCAUCGCUGGCAACUGGAAGACCGUAGCUGUUUUCGAAUCGGUUCAUGCUCAGACAUCCAUUCCUACACGGUGUGACGGUACAUAGGCCUGCUGUGUGGGUUUUUCCUUAAUCGACGUCGAUGUCAAUCGUUCUUGUAAAUCCCUAGGAUUGUAAUUUUUAUUAUAUUGACUAGAGAGCAUAUCGAAAGUCAAGAUGGCUGAGAUGGGGAUAGGGAAGGGGGUUACUGCCGGGAAACUCGCCAGUAACGUUCAGAAAAAAUUGACACGGGCACAAGAAAAGGUUAUGCAAAAGCUGGGUAAGGCCGAUGAGACCAGAGACGUUGCGUUUGAGGAGGGGGUGAUCAACUUUAACAAACAAUAUACGGAGGGCUCCAAACUGCAGAAGGACCUGAGGGCCUACUUGACUGCUGUUCAAACAAUGCACGAAUCGUCCAAGAACCUCCAGGAGUGUCUGGUGGACAUGUAUGAGCCAGAGUGGUAUGGCAAAGAUGAUGUGGACUCCAUCGCGGAGGAUUCUGAUGUUCUGUGGACGGACUACCAUCAGAAGCUAGUGGACCAUGCUUUAAUAUCCAUGGACACUUAUCUAGGCCAGUUCCCCGAUAUUAAGUCUCGUAUUGCUAAACGGGACAGGAAGUUGGUGGACUACGACAGUGCCAGACACAACUACUCCUCCACCCAUAAAGGGAAGAAGCCAGGGAAGGAUGGGGGUAUCAAGAUCACCAAGCCGGCCUCCCUGUUGGAGAGGGCCACCCCCGGCUGGGCUCAGGGCAUCCUGUCCGCCCAUAACAUUGCCCAGAGCAGCCUGUCCAGGAACCAGGCGGAGGACGAGUUGGAGAGAGCUCAGAAGGUGUUUGAGGAGAUCAAUGUAGAUCUCCAGGAGGAGCUACCGUCUUUAUGGAACAGUCGCGUUGGCUUCUACGUCAGCACAUUCCAGAGUAUGGCUGGCUUUGAGGAGAAGUUCCACAAAGAGAUGGCCAGACUUGACCAGAACCUGUACGAUGUCCUUGUCAAACUUGAACAGCAGGACGUGUCAGGAAUGGCAGGUAACAGCGGGGCACCGACAACGGCGCUGGCUCGGAGGAGUGAGCUCCCCCGAGGAUCUGAUGCUGUCAACAGUCUGAGUCCAGCUGGACCUCCUCCCAUUCCCAAGUCUCCCUCCAAGCUGCGACCAGCGAUGCCCCCGAGGCCAGAGUCCAGCCCCUGUCGGGACAUGAAGCCAGAGAACAUCAUCAGCCUGUUUGAUGCUCCUGACAUCAGUGUCACAUCCCCAACACAGUUUGACAGCCCUGCCGGGUCCAACCUGUUGGAUAUGGACCUAACCGCCCCGGCCGCUUCAUCUGUGUCCCCGGCCUCUCAGCCGUUAUCCUGGGAUAUGUGGGAGCCAGAGGAGAUCCCCGCUCCCCCGGAGGAGCCCCAGGGCUGGGAUGACGACGGCACCCAGCCAGUGCGUGCCGCCGGCUGGGCCGAUGAUCCUAUAGCUGCCGCCACGGCUGGCUGGGAUGAUGACGGCUCUCUGCCCGUGAGGGUGGAUGUCUCCCAGGCGGAUGAUGCCUCUCAGCCGGCGAAGGUGGAUGAUGACUCCUGGGCGGAUGACGCUGUUGCUACGGCUACAUCCGUAGUGCCAACCACAGCUGCUGAGUUUGAGCCGGCUGGCUGGAAUGAUGAGGAGGGGGUUGCCAAGGCUGACACACCGACUGCUGUUGCAGCGCCAACAGCCACAGCACUUGAGGAGAGUCAUGUUGUGGAGACACCAGCAACCAAUGGGGCUUCAGAGACAAUGGAGAUGCCUCCUGGGUUCCUCUACAAAGUGACCACCAUGCAUGACUACGCUGCAAAUGACUCAGAUGAGUUAGAAAUGAAGGCGGGAGACAUUGUGUUGGUUGUGACCUUUGACAACCCAGAAGAGCAGGAUGAGGGCUGGCUGAUGGGGAUGAAGGAGGAGGACUGGAUCCAGAACAAAGGGAGUGCCCUUAAAGGAGUGUUCCCUGAGAACUUCACCUCUAGGCUGUGAGAGAGGAGUCCAUCCACCUCUCCCUUGACCACUCCCUCUGCUACAAAACCCUCUUCCUUCUCCCUCUCAGUCAGAAAACUGUCACUCUCCUUAGGAAUUCUCAACUUUCUCCCUCCUCCUCACCCGUUUCUCUCUCUCUCUACCUGUCUGUCUGUCUGUCUCUCUCUGACCCUUGAUCCCAAUUCAAUACUUCCUUGUACUCUGUUUCCUAACCUCUGGGUUUCUACUGAUAGUGAUAAUGAAGGCAUCAGCAUGAGAAACAACUGUGCAGAGUUGACUGUAUGUCAGCAGCUAUGUCCAGAAUGGAUCACAUGCUUUUGUUGGUUAAUAAGUCAUUUGUUUUGGACUAUUCUGACCACAGGGUCACGUUGUGGCAUCUCAGCGGGUUUGCACUUUUUUUGAAUUGCCGUGAAACAGUUAAGGAAUGAGUCUCAAAAGAAAAUGACCUAUCUAGUGUUCUUUGUCGUCCUUUGAAACCACAACGGCCAGAAUGACAAUGGAGGUGAACAGGGAAACCCAUUUUAGGAUGGUUCAGGGGGAUUUCUCUCAGGGUUGAUAAAAUGACUCUGGUGGUAAGGCAUGGUACCUAUUACAAGUCGGAAGAGCCCAUGGGCCUUUACACUAAGCCCUGUCAGCUUUCCCUCCAGUCCUAUCCCCCGCUAACACGUGUUUGUGCCAAGGUUGCCAGGAGUUGUAAUGAUUGCUUGCGGGUUGCCAGGUGUUGUUGUGAUGAUUUCCUACACGGUGAAAAGACGACCAACCCACUCCCUGUACAAUACUUUAUGUAAUAGACACCCGAAACGUACUUAUAUAACUCCUACAUUCCUGUAUCCUAGCUAAAGUACAAUGCAGAUUAUGUAAGGAUACUAGAUACUGUUGUGGUUUGGUUCCUGAAGGUGUAACCAAGUGUUUGAGUACCAAGGGAUAUCCAGUUUAUUUUGAGAGAUGUUUCUUAUGUUUCCUGUGUGUGAAAGAGGUCAAGAACGUCUCCUGGGACAGUCAGCAUCCUGACAUUUUAAAUAUGGGUGGGUGCGGGCCUGACGCUUCAGAUUAUUAUGCAGCUUUCAGAAUAUUACUCUUUAUUUAUUUUUGUAUGCUGUCAGGAAAUGAUCGUGGAAUCUGUAAAUUGAAUUAAUAAAUGUAAAAUGUCAGUGCAAAUUUUUUCACCCCCCACCCUCCCCCCCCCGGUGGAGUGUGACUUCUGUAAUCUGUUUUGCCACGGGAUCCCGGUCCUGUGUGUGUGUGUGUGUGUGUGUGUGUGCGUGCGUGUGUGUGUCUAUUCCAUGUAAGGCAGUGUUGGGAUACUCCCAGGGCCUGUUUGGCAUUGCACUCCAGCCCUCGUCCCUGGCAACACACCUGUGUCCGUUAACAAACGAAUGCCAUUGUUUCCGUGGUAUUUGCCAGGGAAUGGGUGUGAUGGAAACACGCCACCCAGGGGCUCGAGCCGUCCCUCCCCGUUGUAGAGUGCUGCUGUUAUCUCACCCGCAUAAAUCACUAUGUGGCUGAAUGAUAACACCAUACUUCCUUUUAUGUGAUGAUUUGAUGACAGUUUUAUAGGAGCAAUUCUGAUUGGAUGGGGACUCGGUUGACCGCUCCUACUGAGUAAUAUUUAAGAACUUUGUGUUGUCGCUGGUUCUUAUUGUUGUGCAUUAUUUGUUGAGUAUUUUACGUGUAAUUCAUUUACCAAGCUGUGACAAUGAAGAUCCACAUUAUUCUAUCAGCAUAUUCAUAUCUGUGUAGGUGAGUAAAUGUGUCAAAGAGCAUGCCAAACUAAGUCCAUGUGUUGUGAAUUCUGAGAAAUCCUCUCUGAUGGACUCAUUACUGUGGUAAAGAUCUUGUUCUUCCACAAACUAUUGGAGCAAGAGGAUGUUUUUCCCUUCACCUAACUGAUCAAUAGUAAUAAACUGGGAUUUAGAAGCUCA